UUCAGUUUCAAAAAUGUCCUUUGACACGUCUUAUCUUAAAUUCAGAAACAAUCAAAAAGACUGAAUUUUUAAUUAAUUGGAAGAAAAUAAAAUCAGCAAGCAACCAGGACCCUUUCAUGAUUUUGGCAGUUUUUGUCCCGAUAAUUUUCGCAAAACUGUUGCUGAGAAACAAAUCCGAUUUCCAACGCCAAUUGAAUGAAAUAUGCAAACAUAGAGCAUUCUCCAGAAUUGAAAUGGAUUUUGGCAACACGUGUCUGUUUCCCGAGUUGAUGAAAGAGUGCAAGCUCUGGGAAUGUUUAUUUAGCGAAGCAGGAAAUCUUAAGCGCACAGAAAAACGUGGAGAAUCCCGUAUGGUCGUUGAUCUACUACUGAAUCCUGAAUCGUACACAGGCUAUAAGAAGGGAUCGAGCGAAAUUUGGGAGAAAUUAAAGGGCGUUAAUGAUAGCAAGUUGUAUAGAAUUAUGCUAAGCGGUAUACAUCAAUCGGUUAACAUACACAAGGCGGCUUUCUACAAGCCAUGUGGAUACGAUUUCCUGAAAAAUGUGAUGUUGUUCAGAAGAACGUGCAGAAAUGGUGCGUUCAUCAACAAUUUUAGAGUUCUUCGUCUUUUUUUGCUUACAUCGUUGAAGAGACUGGAACUGACCGAAAACACCCAAUACAAAUGGCUUGAGGGUCUGAAGUCCUACGUUCUCGUAGAUAUACCAUUAUUUCCACAGAUAAAGCAGUUAUGUAAAGACCUCGAAGAUGCCAUUGAUAUACUUAGCUGCAUGUCCUGUCCCAAAUGUCGUCUUUGGUCAACCAUACAGUUUAAAGGACUGAGAGUUGCAGCUAAAAUCACGGUGGGUGAGAAGAUUACGCAGCAGGACCUUGUAUUCUUUAUAAAUCUAUUGAACAGGAUCUGUGUAGCUGAAUAUGAGUCCGAAAUAAUGGAGGAUAUGCUUGAAAAUUAUUAUUGGCACGUAUUUUUACUUUACAAAAAAGAGCUGUUUACAUUGUGUCUUGCGGUUUUGCUGUUUUUAGCUAUAUUGGUCAACAAAACGACAGAUAAUUAAAAUUUUAUUACGAUCACGGCAU